AUGGAAAAGGAGCAGCCCUUAGAUCCUCAUGUCGAGGAUCUCUCGCCAAAGGUGUCAGACAAUGCCGUCGUUCAUGAUUGGACUCCGGAGGAAGAGACGGCUGUCAAGCGCAAGGUUGAUUUAAGGGUCUUUCCGAUGUUGUGCAUCAUCUUUGGCCUUUCGCUGCUUGAUCGAGCGAAUAUGCCCUUUGCGUACAUUGCGGGAAUGGAGGAAGACUUGCAGCUGGGAGUGGGUGCGAGGUACAGUAUUACGUUGUUGGUCUUCUUCCCAAGCUAUUGGCUAUUCGAGAUACCUUCGAACUGGCUCGUCCGUCGCAUUGGCUCUCGCCUCUGGAUGUCCUUCCUCGUCAUUGCAUGGGGCCUUUCCGUCCUCGGCAUGGGAUUCGUUCGCAACUGGAACAGCCUUGCGGCUUGUCGAGCGAUUCUGGGCAUCUUUGAGGCCGGCUUGCUGCCCGGCGGGAUCUUCAUCGUCAGCUCGUGGUACCGACCCUACGAGAUGGCCAAGAGAAUCUCUGGUUUCUGGAUGACCUCACAGCUGUGUUCGGCCUUUGGACCAAUUCUUGCCUACGGGUUGAGUUUGAUCGAGGUUGGUGAUGGGAUGUACGCGAGGGGUUGGAGGUGGAUCUUCAUCGUGGAAGGAUUGAUCACAAUCGUUGCUGGCAUUGCAACGCCUUUCUUCCUGAUCGAGUUUCCGGAGCGGGCGAGAUUUCUGAACGACAGACAGAAGCAUAUUGCUUUCGAGCGAGUCCGGCUAGCGAGUGACGACAAAGAGAUAAAACACCCGACCGUGAAAGAGACGCUUGUGAUGCUCUGGGAUUGGAAGUUGGCGCUCUACUCUUUGCAAUAUUUCAUUGCAGCCUCGAGCAUCUACUCUCUCGCCUACUUUGCCCCGAUCAUCCUGCGACAAGGUCUUCACUUCUCCUACGUGCGAGCUCAGUUGCUUUCGACUCCUCCGACUGUGUUCUCCGUCAUCUGCAGCAUCAUCGCAGCAUGGGUCUCCGACAAGAUCAAGCUACGCUGGCCUAUCAUGUGCUUUCAGGCGCUGCUUGCUAUUGCUGGUCUUCUAAUUAUCCUCUACACUGGUCCGCCUGCCGUUCGCUACUUUGGUUUAUUCGUUGCAAGCUACGGAAUCCAGUCCAACGUACCGAGUGUGCUAUCUUACGUGCCGAACCAAACAGGACGAUUGGAGAAGAAAGGAGUAGCGAGCGCAGCUGUCAUCAGUGCUGGAGCUAUCGGUGGAAUCUGUGGUUCGACGGUCUUCAGGAGUCAAGAUUCCCCUGAAUACUUCCCUGGGAUGUGGACUACGAUCGGGCUGCAGUUCGUGUUUAUUGCGAUCACUUUCGCGCUUAGUAUGUACUUUCGACGGAUGAAUCGUUUGGCUGAUGAGGGAAAGGUGAGAAAUUUGGAGGGUGUUGAUGGGUUUAGGUACGCUCCAUGA